AUUUUCAAUUCAAAAUCUCAUCACAAACAUUUAUUUCUGAAAAAUGGUUUCUGAGGAAACCUUACUCAUCCUAGGCCUCUUGGCCAUGGCUUCUCUCAUACCCUCUCAUGCGACUGCUAGGAUCCUUGCUCAGGCUCCUUCCAUGUCCUCUACAAAGGAGAAAAACGACAUCAAUGAUAUCAAACAUGGAGGAAAUCCAAGCAUAGGAAGCGCUUUUGGGGUCUGUUCAACACUAAAUUGCUUCAACUCGAGUCUUUCUCAGGAUGGACAAGGUGAUAAUGGGGGCGGCCAUCAAGGAGAUCAUUCUCAGGGUGGACCCGGUGAUAAUGGAGGCGACCAUGGAAAUGAUCAAUCAGGUAGAGGAUCUGGUGAUUAUGGAGAUAACCAUGGAGGUGAUAGGUCUGGCAAUGGAUCUGGCGAUAAUGGAGACAAUCAUGGAGGUGAUAGACAUGAUGGUGGAUCUGGUGAUAAUGGAGGCAAUCAUGGAGGUGAUAGACAUGGUGGUGGAUCCGGUGAUUAUGGAGGCGACCAUGGGGGUGAUAGACCUGGCGGUGGAUUCGGUGAUUAUGGAGGCAAUCAUGGAGGUGAUAGACCUGGCGGUGGAUCCAGUGAUUAUGGAGGCAAUCAUGGAGGUGAUAAUGGAGGAAACCAUGGAGGUGAAUCAAGUGGAGGAUCAAGUGAUCAUGGAGGAAACCAUGGAGGUGAAUCAGGCGGAGGAUCGGGUGAUUAUGGAGGCAACCAUGGAGGUAAUAGAACUAGCGGUGGACACAGUGAUUAUGGAGGUGACCAUGGAAGUGAUAAACCAGGAAGAGGAGCCAAUGAUUAUGGAGGUGACCAUGAAGGUAAUAGACCUGGCGGUGGGCAUGGUGAUUAUGGAGGCAACCAUGGAGGUGGUAAACCAAGCAGAGGACACGAUGAUUAUGGAGGAAACCAUGGAGGCAAUAAACCUAACGGUGGACACGGUUAUUACGGAGGGGACCAUGGAGAUGAUAAACCAGGCGAAAGAUCCGGUGAUUAUGGAGGCAACCAUGGAGGUGAAAAACCAGGCGAAGGAUCGGGUGAUUAUGGAAACAACCAUGGAGAUGAUAGACCUAGCAAUGGAUCUGGUGAUAAUGGAGGCAAUCAUGGAAGUGAUAGACAUGAUGGUGGAUCCGGUGAUUAUGGAGGCAACCAUGGAGGUGAUAGACCUGACGGUGGACACGGUGAUUAUGGAGGCAACCAUGGAAAUGAUAAACCACACAAAGGACACGGUGAUUCUGGAGGUGACCAUGAAGGAAAUAGACCUAGCGGUGGACGUGGUGAUUAUGGAGGCCACCAUGGAGGCGAUAAACAAAGCAGAGGACACAAUGAUUAUGGAGGCAACCAUGGAGGCGAUAAACCUGGCGGUGGACAAGGUGAUUAUGGAGGGGACCAUGGAGGUGAUAAACCAAGUGGAGGAUCCAGUGAUUAUGGAGGCAACCAUGGAGGUAAUAAACAUGGGGGAAGACCCGGUGACUAUGGGGGCAACCAUAAAGGUGAUAAACCAAGCGGAGGAUCCAGUGAUUAUGGAGGCAACCAUGGAGGUGAUAAACCAGGUGGAGGACCCGGUGAUUAUGGAGGCAACCAUGGAAGUGAUAAACCUGGUGAAGGACCCGGUGGCUAUGGAGGUGACCAUGGAGGUGAUAAACCUGGUGGACCUGGUGAUUAUGGACGCGACCAUGGAGGUGAUAGAGCUGGAGGUGGACCCGGUGACUAUGGAGGCAAUCAUGGAGGUGAUAAACCAGGCGGAGGAUCCAAUGAUUAUGGAGGUGACCACGGAGGUGAUAAACCUGGUGGUGGACCCGGUGAUUAUGGAGGCAACCAUGGAGGUGAUAAACCCGGUGGAGGUGAAUCAAGAAAUGGCAGACCAGGUAACUGUGGAGGCGGACUUGGAGGUGGUGAUUGUUGAAGCAGUCUUAUCGCUGGUUACAGUGGUGAAGCUCAUAGAGAUUAUGAUGACAAAUCGAGUGGUAAAUAAAAUGGAAACCCUCGUGGACUUGGUGUUAAGACCUAUCCGAGAAACCAUAAUAAAAUAAUGUGUGAGCAAGUUAUGUUAACUCCCAGAGAGUAUGUUGUUAUCCCUAUAUGAACACAAAGUAGUGGAAUGAUAUCCACCUCAUAGAACAUAUAUCAUUUAACCUAAAUAAUAUUGUUUCUUAUAUA